UUAUAUCAGUCAGUUCGUUAUAAGCGUGUACGUUAUAACCGUAGUUUACCGUAUACGUAUCAUAAUCGAAUAAUCAUCCAUCCAAUAUUCAUUUACGUACAAAACGUGCCUUUAAAACCAGUUACACAUCACAUACAAAUGUGUCAUAAUAUAAGUCGAUUUUGUAUCGCAAAAAUAUGUGUUCCAGCUCUAUUCUCUCACUCAUAAAUCUUAUUCAAUAAAUCCAAUUACUUUACGUACCAUGCCAUUGAUCUCAUUUACGUUCCAAAAAGACCAUUUAUCGAUAGGCAGAAUCUGCCCUUAGGAUUGGCGGAAUUAAAUCAAAGAUAUAUAAUGACUGACAAAAAGGGAUGUGAGUUUAAAACGGUGCUUAUACUUAAGCAAAUAGCAGUAGAGUAGUACUGGAAAUAUUGACAUCCCAUUCAGGAUAUGUUCGAUCACGUGGUGUGCAAUGAAAUUACAACCCGCAAGUCGAUGUGCUGCGCCAACAGCUGGCAGUUCCCCCACACAGACCACAGCUUGGGUGUGAGACUCCUACAUCAUCAAUAUCAUCACCAUCACCAUCACCAUCAGCAUCACAACCAUCAGCAGGACAGGGGACGUUGACUACUUGUUCGGAGUUUCAUACUGUAGACUCAUGUUGUGAAAAUAGUCAUGGAUCUAUGAUUAAAGUGUUGCUAGUGGACAACGCAUCUGAGCACGGUCUGGGCAAAGCUGUUGGCAUAGACGAUGGUUUACAUUGUGUGUUGAUCGACCGGUAGGGCUUACGAAUAUUGUUGUACCUGAAGCAUAUGGAUGUGACCUGUGUAUGUGUCUGUAGAUGGGACCUGUGGAUGUGGCUGUAGAUGUGUUUGUAGAUGUGACCUGUGGAUGUGUCUAUAGAUGUGACCUGUGGAUAUGACCUGUUAGAUGUGUCUGUAGAUGUGACCUGUUAGAUGUGUCUAUAGAUGUGACCUGUUAGAUGUGUCUGUAGAUGUGACCUGUUAGAUGUGUCUAUAGAUGUGACCUGUGGAUGUGUCUGUAGAUGUGACCUGUAGAUGUGACCUGUGGAUGUGACCUGUGGAUGUGAUCUGUGGAUGUGGAUGUGUCACCUACUCUUCACAUCAUAGUAAACACGUAGAAGGGCGAAAAGCUGGCUUUCCCUUAGUUUUGGAAAUUAAAUGAUGUGUAAUCCGCGGGGUCUAUAUGUGUGCUUUAGCCCAAACGUGUGCGUUGCAUUUUUGCUCAUAUGGGCCAUCACUUCCGCGGUAAUUCUCUUCUACUCAGCCCACGAUCCCCAUAACGGUCCCGCGCCCUUGCGUGUGAGAGAUGCUUUAUCUGGUCCGCUGGGCCCCCUUCAUCACAGAGACGCCACUCCCAGACCCCCACACCCUCUGCCUCGCAGAGAUGACAUCCCUAGACCCCGAGAUUCUCUGCAUCACAAAGACAUCGCCGCUAUACCCCCACAUCCCCUGCACCACAAAAACGUCACUGCUAUGCCACCACACCCCCUCCACCACAAAGACGUCACUGCUAUACCCCCACACACCCUCUCCCACAAAGACGUCACUGGUAUACCCCCACACCCCCUGCACCACAAAGACGUCACUGCUAUACCCCCACAUCCCCUCCACCACAAACACGGCACGGCUAUACCCCCACACCCCAACGGUCAGCCUGCUCACCAAGGUCAAGGUGAAGAUCUCCGGCACAGGAACGAGGCUGCUGUGAAGCUGCUCCGGACGACAUGGCCACAUCCGUCAAGUCCCUUUCUGCCGAAUGUCUCCAUUGUGUCGCGACUGUUUGACAUCAGUGACGCAGGACAAAUGGGUCGACCCUUGACAAUCAAUGUCAGCAUGUUGCCGGACCAAGAGAGGGCCAAAUUCCGGAAUGCCUACAAGAGACAUGCUAUGCAUGAAUACGUCAGUAACCUCAUCCCGGUACACAGACAGCUGCCUGACGUCAGGCCGAAGGGCUGCAGCGAGCGUUAUACAGGCCAGCAUCUUCCCCAGACCAGCAUCGUAAUUUGCUUCCUGAAUGAGGCGUGGUCUACGUUGCUAAGGACAAUCCAUAGCGCGCUUGACAACGCCCCGCCCCAUCUGGUGAAAGAAGUCAUUCUGGUCGACGAUCACUCGGAAUGGGAAUUUCUGGGAAAGCCACUCGAUGAUUAUUUCAAGUCAAAUUCCAAAAUACGGAUCUUACGUUCCGACGUCAGGAAGGGCGUCAUGCACGCGCGGCUGACUGGCUUCCACAACGCCAGUGCACCAAUCGUCACGUUUCUCGACUCUCACACCGAGUGUACGCCAGGAUGGCUUGAGCCCCUUCUGGCACCGAUUGCAGCUGACAACAAUGUUGUGAUGACACCGGCCAUCGACUCCAUCAACAAGGAGGAUUUCAGCCUGUCUGUCAGCGAGAUCCUGUUGUAUUACGUCGAAAUCGACAGCCUGACGGUCGGGGUUUCACACAUACCGGACAGGGAGAGGAGGAGGAGGAAGACGGCGGCGGACCCCAUCAGGAGUCCCGGCAUGGCUGGUGGUCUGUUCUCCAUCUCCAAAGACUUCUUCAUCCGAUUGGGAACCUUCGAUCCUGGAAUGUCUCAUUGGGGAGGAGAAAACAUUGAGAUGUCCUUCAAGGUGUGGAUGUGCGGGGGGCGGAUUGAGGUAGCUCCUUGUUCCCACAUCGGCCACGUCUUCCACACCCACAGCAACUACCCUGCCAGAACCGGCGUCAGUGCCUCUGUGCGGAACUACGCACGCGUGGCUGAGGUCUGGAUGGACGACUUCCGGCGAUAUUACAAGGGGUACAGAGUAAAGCACCACCCCAGAGUCUAUGACCCCGGCGACGUCUCCGAGCGGCUGCAGCUGCGGGAGAGGCUCCAGUGUCAUCCGUUCAGCUGGUACAUAGAAAACAUCUACCCCGAAUACAACAUCAGCAUCAAGCCACUGCUCACUGGACAGCUGAAAUGUGAUGGUAUUCCCGGUGCCUGUCUGGCUGCGUCACCGGACAGCCACACGCCUCGGCUGAAAAUGCAGCCAUGUGACAGCAAGGGAUUUCAACAGCUGUGGAACUACACUAAUCUGAACGAGGUGAUGACAGGGAAGUUAUGUGUGGACCACCAGAAUGACAUCACCCUACAACAGUGUACCGGCAGAGGAGGGCAUGGCAGGCAGAUAUUUCUGUAUAAGGACCAGCAUCUCCGGUGGCACAUGGACAAGUGUCUUACAGUUGGAGUAGAUAAGAUCUCGCUUAUCUCUACAGACUGCCAGGAUAGUGCCAACCAGAAAUGGACAUGGACCAGUCUUUUGUGAUGAAUGCGUUUCAUGGAAAGAAAUAUAUUUAUAUUACGACUGAUUCAGAGGAGACCUAAAUUGUGGAUGUGUUUUACAAACCACGAGAACAUCAUUUGCGUCAUUGAAUAGCUCUACAAGAUGAAUGAACCUGUGAAGAUCCGGGUUGGAAAAGGUCUUCAGCAACUCAUGCUUGCCGUAAAAGGCGACUACCGGGAUCGAGUGGUCAGGCUCGCUGACUUGGUUGAUGCUUGUCAUCGUAUCCCAAUUGCG